AUGGCGGCCAACCCCGUCCACCAUCGCCGGACCAAGCACAUCGAGCUCGACAUCCAGUUUGUGUGCGAGAAAGUGGCGUUGGGUGAGCUGCGUGUUCUCCAUGUGCCAACCUCCCAACAAUUCGCCGACGUGCUCACCAAAGGACUGCCCACGGCGGCGUUUCAAGAUUUCCGGUCCAGCUUCAUCCUCAUGGACUCCAGGGAGCUCGGUGACGAAGAACGCUGUGACCACCCGACGUGGACCAAACGGGAGCGGUGCAACGCUGCCGACUUCCACCUCGCCGUCUGUGACCCGCUGUCCAGCAGAUACGUCUUGCUUCCAACCAUACCUGAGGACCUCGCCGCCCAACCGCAGGAUCGCCUCCAUGGAUUCGGGCCCGUGCUUGCUCCCAACACCAGGGACGACGGCGAGGAAGAGCCCUUCAAGGUGAUAUGCAUAGCAAGAUACAUGAUGAAGCUUGUCCUCUUUGUGCUCCCGGCCACAACUAUGCAAUGGUCUAUGCUCGAGCCUCCCACCUCACCUUCGUUGGAACGCAUGUCCUGUUUUGACUGCGUGCGCUGCUGCUUCUACUGGACACGGCCUUAUGGCUGGAGUGACCAUUUGAUGGUGCUGGACACACGCACUUUGAGGUUUUCCACUGUCGACCUUCUCACCGGCUACCAUCUGGAGCUCAGCGAUCUGCCUGACGAGUGCUUUGCCCAUCGUCACGCAAAUGCCGUUGUGAUGGGCCGAGAAGGAGUCCUUGAGAUGUUUUCCCUUGUCGGUCAACAUGGAUCCUUUGCCCUCUACCAUACCUCUCUGAAGAAUAGUUCGCAGCAGUGGAAGCUAGAGAAGAUCAUACAGCUUCCUGGGCAGUAUCAUUCCAUUUGCACAAUGCGUGCAGCCGAGGGAUUCUUGUUCUUCCGAGGCUCUCCAGAAGGUAUUCAUGUUGGGAAUGUGGAUUGCUACUCAAUGGAGGUCAAGACUUAUGAAAUUACCAAAGUCCGCACAAAGAUGGAGAAUACCUUCAAUCCCACACGUGCCCUCCCAUACUUUAGCUUCCCACCGCUGUUAUCAGAACCAACUAUCUGA